UUAUCGAAACACGCCACUAGCAUUUCUUCUGGUUCCUUCCUUUCGCGUUUCCCUCUUUGCACUCGAUCAAGAUCUCGCUUUCACUCCGAUCGAAGAUGGAGUGGAGCUCCAAUGGAUUCAUCCCUACCAUCUUCAUCUCAAUCGUCUUCUUCAUCUCAUCUUCUGAAUCAUUCUAUCUACCUGGUGUUGCUCCUCGUGAUUUUCAAAGGGGUGAUCCUCUUCAAGUAAAAGUCAACAAACUAUCAUCCACAAAGACUCAACUUCCUUACGACUAUUAUUACUUGAACUACUGUAAACCCAAGCACAUUCAAAACAGUGCUGAAAACUUGGGAGAGGUGCUACGAGGUGAUCGCAUAGAGAACUCAGUAUACACAUUUCAUAUGAGAGAGGAGCUCCCAUGUAAGGUUGGUUGUAGAAUAAAGCUUGAUGCCCAAUCUGCAAAGAACUUCAAGGAAAAGAUCGAUGACGAGUAUCGUGUUAACAUGAUUUUGGAUAACCUCCCAGUUGCUGUUCUUAGACAAAGACGUGAUGGAAGUCAGUCAACCACUUAUGAACAUGGUUUUCGUGUAGGCUUCAAAGGAAACUAUGCUGGGAGCAAAGAGGAAAAGUAUUUUAUCAAUAAUCAUUUGAGCUUUAGAGUCAUGUUUCACAAGGAUCUUGAGACUGAUUCUGCUCGAAUUGUUGGGUUUGAAGUUACUCCAAACAGUAUCAAUCAUGAGUACAAGGAGUGGGAUGAAAAGAACCCUCAAUUAACAACAUGCAACCAAAACACCAAAAACAUAAUCCAAGGAAGCACAGUCCCACAAGAAGUGGAUACAGACAAAGAAGUGGUAUUCACAUACGAUGUGACUUUCAAAGAAAGCGAGAUCAAAUGGGCAUCAAGAUGGGACACGUAUUUACUCAUGAACGAUGACCAAAUCCAUUGGUUUUCAAUCAUAAACUCCCUAAUGAUUGUCCUCUUCCUCUCCGGAAUGGUAGCCAUGAUCAUGAUGCGCACUCUCUACCGAGACAUCGCCAAUUACAACCAACUCGACACACAAGACGAAGCCCAAGAAGAAACCGGAUGGAAACUCCUUCACGGAGACGUAUUCCGUGCCCCUCCCAAUUCCGGCCUCCUCUCCGUCUACGUCGGAACCGGAAUCCAAAUCCUCGGAAUGACACUCGUCACCAUGAUCUUCGCCUUGCUCGGAUUCCUCUCCCCGUCCAACCGCGGCGGUUUAAUGACAGCCAUGGUCCUGUUAUGGGUCUUCAUGGGUUUAUUCGCGGGGUAUGCCUCUGCGCGAUUAUACAAAAUGUUCAAAGGAACGGAAUGGAAAAAGAACACGUUAAAAACCGCCUUCAUGUUUCCCGGGAUUCUGUUUUCGAUUUUUUUCAUUCUCAACGCGUUGAUUUGGGGGGAGAAGUCGUCGGGCGCGGUUCCUUUCGGGACAAUGUUCGCGCUUGUUUGCUUAUGGUUCGGGAUUUCAGUUCCUUUGGUGUUUGUCGGGAGUUACUUAGGGUUUAAGAAACCGGUUGUUGAUGAUCCCGUGAAAACAAAUAAAAUCCCGCGACAAGUCCCGGAACAAGCGUGGUAUAUGAAACCGGUGUUUUCGAUUCUAAUCGGUGGGAUUCUUCCAUUUGGAGCGGUUUUUAUCGAGCUUUUCUUCAUUCUGACAUCGAUUUGGUUGAAUCAGUUCUACUAUAUCUUCGGGUUUUUGUUUAUUGUGUUUGUGAUAUUGAUAGUGACAUGUGCGGAGAUCACGGUGGUGUUGUGUUACUUUCAGUUGUGUAGUGAGGAUUAUCAUUGGUGGUGGAGGGCGUAUUUGACUGCGGGGUCGUCUGCAGUGUAUCUUUUUCUUUAUUCGGUGUUUUACUUUUUUACUAAGUUGGAGAUUACGAAGCUCGUGUCGGGGAUUUUGUACUUUGGGUAUAUGGCCAUUGCUUCGUAUGCGUUUUUCGUGUUGACGGGUACCAUUGGGUUUUAUGCGUGUUUGUGGUUCGUAAGGAAAAUUUACUCGUCUGUCAAGAUUGACUGAUUCAUGAUGCUAAUGAUGAUGUAUAUGGAUAUGGAUAUGGAUAUGGAUGGAUGUGAGGAAGAUGGAAAGAUGAGAUGAGAUGAUAUGUAGUGAAAGUGAAGUAGAGGUAAAGGGAUAUGGUACGAAUUCUGAUAUGCUAGUUUCUAGAGUAGGGAUUUGUCUUUUGGUCUUGUAUGUUGCCUGUUUUGGUCCUCGAGCUCCUUUUUUUUGAAUAAUAAUUAUUAAUUGUUCUUAUUUUCUUUACAAGUAUGGGUUUAAGUAUAUGUGAAUGUGAUGGUGGAUUUUGGUUGUA